AUGACGAUGCAUUCUCUGAGUGCAAACAGUGGUUCCUCAUCCCCUACAGAAAAUGAUCGGCUUCGUCAGGACAUUCCAGAAGAACCGACACAUUUUGAGUCGAUGAACUACAAUGUGGAAAAUCCGCAGACGCGGACGAGAGCAGGUAUUUGUGAAGAAUUCAUGUCAUUGAACAUGAACUAUUCCAGCACAGCCGGAAGUCAACAGACUUCACAUGGUUUUCGACCAAGAUACCCAAAUUAUGUUCCUUACAACCAUCAAGUGUAUCAUCCGGGCAUUCCAGGUCCUGCUCAUCCACAACGGCCAUUUUAUCUUGUCGAUCCAAACCAGUUUUACUACCGGCAACAUCCUUACCAGUACCCACGUGUUCCUGUUCCAAGCUAUCAGGGACAACCACCUCUGCUUGAUUCAAUUUAUCCAUAUCCGCCACAUUUUAGAUAUGGUCCACCGUCACUGCAACCUCCCCCGCCACCACCACCGCCACCGCAACCUCCCCCGUACAGAAUGCCAGCAUCGUCCCUCUCCGUCGACCACCCAGCCAGUUCCGCUAAUGUGGCAAGACCUCUAGAAAAUACCACACAGCAUAUAGGAAGUUUGGAUAAGUACAGGUUCUUUUUUGAAAAUGAAAGACGAGGAGGAGGAGAUAUAGAAAACUUCCAACACGACGAGGAAAACAACAUGCUUGUCAUUACAUUUAAAGACUCUGAAGCAAGGGCCAGUAUUGAGGUCAAGAGCGUUAGGAAAGGAGCAAAAGAUGAUGCGUUGUUAGUAGCGUUCAACAGCCCUGUUGAUAUACCCAAACUCCAGACAGCCUGUAACCUGAAACCAUUCCAAACAAAAGCAGUCACAGUGUUCAAAGUACCUGCCACCAAGGUACUGAUAGCUGAGCAUGUCCCAGUGUCAAUUGCCCCGGAAACCAUUUCGGAUUACUUCGAAACCCGAAAAUGUGGCAAUGAUAUGCAGACGGAAGUAGUCAAAGUUGAGGGAUUCGGUCAAGAUGGAUGCUACCUUGUCCAUUUUGCUGACCACAGAGUUGUUGAACAGAUAAGCUCAAGAGUGCACACACUUGGAGAAGAAAGUAUAAAAGUCCAUCUCCAUCACAAAUGCAUAGGACGGCAGUCUCCCGAGUUCACUGACGCUACAUUAUUUCAGAUGUCAGGUGGUGUACUUGUUGAAGGUGUUCAUCAACUUGUACCACGAUUUCUUAGGAAGUCACCCAAGGUACUGAGAAACAUUCAAGAAAAACUAAGUGGUUACGGAUUGUCACUGGAGUUGAAUGAAUCCAACCAAGUGUUCGUUGUCCGGACAGCUGGCAGCGAGUGUGAAUCAAAGGCUGCUGGUGGAAUAGAUGUUCAGGGUUUGGCCAGGUCAGUCAUCAAUGAAUUUGUUCUUCAGUUUUCGGUUCCAAUUCCCAAAGAAUUGCGGGACAACGUUGAUACAAUGGUAAAACAGAUCAGUGUUGAUGAAACAGAGGCAAAGAUGUUCACUGACAAGCAGGUCCUAGCAAUUGUUGGUAUUCCCUCGAAAGCUAAUGAAAUCAAAGGAGACGUUGAGAAGCACCUUGCCGAUAGAAUAUCCUCAAAAAUCCUGAAUAAAAUCGUAAAUGAAGAAGUGAAAUCUUUAACACCUCUUAAAGUCAAAUUUCUACGGGAAUGUGGCUUUAAUAAGGGAAUGAAACAAUUCUCAGGCGUGAGUGUCAGGUUUGAUGGAAAUGUAAUCAAUCUGUCUGGUCCAGAGGCCUCUGUGAAAGAAGCAAAGAUUCAGUUGUAUGAACUUGCACAUGGAACGCAAACUUCAGUGAUUGAGCAUAUUUCCCCACAGCAGCUGGCUGUGCUUCAGAAGAUGACAGUUGAGGAUACCGUUAGGGAAGAAAUGAAGAGAGCUGGAAUUGGAGCAUCAUGGCAUGCAAAAGAGUCAUCACUAGAAGUAAUUUCAACAAGUGAAGAAAACGUAAGGCAAUUUACUGAAAUGCUGCUUCGUAUUGUGGUGGAAAGAAUUGUUCUCCUUGAAGGAAAAAUGCAGUUAGUGAUGCAAUCAGAAUCGUGGGCAAGCUUACAGAAAUCGUUGGUUGAUUAUUUGUCUGACACCUUCAGUAUUCAGAAUGUCCAAGACAAAGGUUAUCUUCUCAUUGCUGGGUUAAAGGAUGAUGUGGAAAGUGUGUAUGCUAAAGUCACAGAGUUCCUGUCAUCCAACACAGUUAAGGAGACAUGUCUUAAGUUUCCCAGAGGAGUGCACAGAUUCCUUCUGGCCCACAACAAAGAUGCGGUGGCAACAAUUGCUAAAGAUUUGAAGGACUGUCAUGUCCGAAUAGUAUACCAGGAGAAUGGAGCGGAAUUUACCAUUAAUGGCUCCAAAGAAGGAAUAGACCAAAGCCGAAAAGAAACUGACCUCCCUUGCUGA